ACGAAGAAAUCAUUUCCAUUUGUUAUCGCAUUUAAUCCAAAUUUACCCGACGUAGGCAACAUAAUCAGAAAGCAUUUGUUCAUUCUACAAUCAAACCCCAAAUUAAAAGAACUUUUUCCUCGAGGUGCUAUCAUACCAUCUUUUCGUCGGUCAAAAAAUCUCAAAGAACUAUUAGCACCAUCCCGUUUUAAAACUGUCAACGAGGGACCAACAAUUCAUCACAUCAAUGGCUGCUUCAAAUGCGAUAGGAAUAGAUGCGACCUCUGUCGAAACUUCUUUGUUGAAUCUAAGUCAUUUCUUAGCUUUCAGACGGGCAAAAAAUACUCCAUUCAUUCCAGACUUUCUGUUAUUCUAAAAAUGUGA